AUGAAGCACACUUAUAAUGAAUUUAAGAUCAAUGCAAUUACCUUAAAAAAAUUUUUACUGAACUUCAAUUAAGUUCCAAAUUAAUUACUGGAAUAAGCGAUUUUGUUUAAAUUUGUUGUUCCCAUACAUAGGAUUUUAAAAGUCCUGUAUUUGUUUAGGAUUUAGAGUCAUCACAAUUCCUCAUUUAAAUUAGAUAAUUUAGGAAUAAGAAUAUUAUUGGAUAGAAAUUCUUAUAUCUAGAAUAAAAUUACAAAUUAAUAGAGGAGUUACCCUUUUAUAAAGGAAAACGAUUAUUUUAUGUUGUUAAGGUAAUUUGAAAACCAUCAAUGCAUUUUGGUUUUGACAUAAUCCUGUAAGACAUUAAGAAUGAAUCUUCGCAAUCCUUGCUAUCAGAAUUUAAAAUUAUAAAAUGAGUAUAAAUCUUAAUUUGAUUGA